AACACCAAACAAUAUAUAUAUAUAUGUAUGUAUAUAUAACAGAAACACAAAACUAUAAGAAUAUAUAUAAUAAGAAGAAAGAAGAAGAAGAUGCCUUGCCUUUACAUAACAACAAAUGUAAACUUAGAAGAAGAAGGAGUUGAUACUGAUUCCAUCUUUUCUGAAGCCACAAAAGCUGUCUCUGCCAUUUUUCAAAAGCCAGAAAAUUUUGUGAUGGUGAUAUUAAAAGGGUCAGUGAGCAUAUCAUUUGGUGGGAACAAAGAGCCAGCAGCGUACGCAGAGGUAGUGACUAUGGGCGGCCUUAACUCGGCGGUGAAGAAGCGGCUCAUCUCAACACUCGGCGCUAUUCUUCAUUCCAAAUUAAACGUUCCACCGCCUCGAUUUUUCCUCAAGGCUUUCGACACUACAGCUGGGCGGACUUCUACUACUUCUAGCUCCUCAAAAUUAUGACUAACUUAUCGUUCAAUUUCGAGCAAUAUAUAGCAUUAUCAAUGUAAUACCUUAUAUAUUUCUUUACUUUACUCUAAAAUAAAAUGGUGCCACUAAUUAGAAAUAAGCUAACUGCAUUAAGAAAAAAAAAAAAAAACUUAUAUAUGAAUCACCUUUGAAAAAUUAUGUAUAAAAUUGUAUGAGCUAGCUAGCUUUUUUCACUAGAGCCUAACAAUAAUAUAUUGUUAAGCAUUAGUGUUGUACCCUUUUUAAUUAAUAUAAUAUGUAUAAUAAGGAAAUAAAUUAUAAGCUAUAUAUAAUUUUGGAUAAUGUUGUAUUUAUAUAUAUGCAUAAUAUUGUAUUCAUAAUUAUUGGGACAAAAUAAAAUUGUUAGAACA